CAUAUAUUUUUAUUUCCCAAUGUAGGAUUUUUAGUCAUUAUGAGUUGAUCAUUAUUCAAGUAAAUGUCCAUCAUUUCUGCAUAUUAUUCUUCUCACUAGUCAUUAUUAAGUCAUAUUUAAGGAAUAAAAAAAUUUAAGUCCUACAUUAGGAAAUGACUUAUGUUUUAGUCCGUACAAAUUUCACAAAAUGGGAGGGCUAAACGUUCUGUAGAGAAAAAAUCUCAAUGUCGUUGGCUGUGCACUGCGGUUAUCUCCCUCCCAAAUUCCAACUAACGCGGCGGAUCAUCUCCGGAAUCCGCCCAAAUCCGCCGCAAUUGUUCAUAGCUACAAACCUUAACGUCGUCGAUAUCCAUUGCGUCGGCGAGCUAUACUCCGUCUGCAACCACUCUUGCCACCGCUUUCCCAAACUGGACGCCGAUGGCCGAGUGGAUCCGGUCGACCUUAACAAGCUCCGUAAAGCUCUCCUCCACAGCUCCGUCGUCGUCGCGGUGUUUGUCCAGCCCGAGAUUCGCUCCCGUUUGGCGGCUUUUGGAGGAGAUUUGGCUCGGGCGGUGACGCCGUCCAGCGGAAAAUUGGUUGGAUUUGGUCGCGCCGUCUCGGAUUCUGGGCUAGCUGCUUCCAUCUACGAUGUGAUGGUUAUUCCUUCAUUACGACGAAGGGGAAUCGGCAAGAGGAUAGUUCAAAAAAUAGUUAGGAUGCUUACAGAUAAAGGCAUAUAUGAUAUAGCUGCUCUCUGCUCUGAUGUAGAGAUGCCAUUCUUCAGAGCAUGUGGGUUUGGAGAUGACAUCCUCGGAUCCACCGCAAUGAUGUACACCGUAACCACUCGGCUUUCAAAUGGAGAUUGCUCAGUUGGGUAAAAAUAUUAGCCAGAAAUGGCUUUGAUAAAGGGCACACAUGUAUAUAGCUAAGCUUUUCUUUGAUCUCCAUAAUUCUAUAGGAAUAUGAAGCACUCCCUAUAUGCUUCUUACUCCACUAUGGAGUAUUUGAUUUAGUCCAGGAAUGUCAAUCCUAUCCUACCCGAAUUGACCUUAAAAUAUUCGAAUCCGAACUGAUUUUUUUUUAUCUGAACCCGACUCGGUUAAAUUAAA